GCUAGCGCCACGAGAGCAUCCUAAAUUGCAUCUGAUCGUCGUUGCAAGGUCUCGGGGAAAGGAAAGGUCGGGGAGCCUCAUAUACUCUACGAGUGAAUUUUCCGCACACCUCGUCUCCCUACUCUUCGAGUUCGAGCAGCCCUCCCCUCCCCACCCCACCAACCCAACUACAGAUCGGAUCUCCUUCCAAGGCCACUCGAACGAAAUGGAUAACAUUGGGAAUAUGCUCGGCCUUGGCACUAAUUCUACGAAGGAGGAGCGCAAGCAGGUUUUUUUUUUUUACCUCCCCUUCCUAUUAUUAUGACCCUUCCAACUCCUCGGGAAAUAACUGUGUUAUUAGGCAUUAAUGUCAACGAUUGCCCAACAAUCAAACAUCGAAAACGCCCGCACCCUGAUCGAAGUACCCGUCCCAUUGCCAUCACCAUAAAGGGUCGGCUGCGGAGCUAAUGGUGAAUAGAAAAUUAACGAAAAGUGCUUCGAAAAGUGUGUUCCUAAGCCGGGAAGGAGUUUAUCUUCCGGGGAAAGUGUAUGCUCCCCCUUCCCGCUGGCGGGUGAAGGAGCGGAUGGGGUAGUGGUUAAUAUUGCGGUAGGUUUGCUUGACGGCUUGCAUGCAGAAGUAUAUGCAGGCCUGGAACGCUGUGUCCCAAGCCUAUAUUUCUAGGAUUAAGUCCGAUCCGAAAGAUAAUUAGGGGCGGGAGAUGGGGUAGAUGGAGACAUGUAAACGCAAAUAAAGCUUUGAAUUCGUUUGUAUUGGGAAUGGGUUGGCUUAUGGAGCGUCUGCGCUCCGUGUUGGGCGGAAUAUUCAAUAGCUCUUGGGCUUGUUGUAUAUUAUAUCCCAUCCCGUUAGGAACACUUUGAGAAAUAGACAUGGUAAUAGC